CCCGCCGUCACAGCAGCGACGCCACAGACGAACGAUGCGGCGGCGGGGCCUAAUUUGGAGGGGUCGGAGGAGAUGAGCGACCGCGGUUUCGGAGGGAAUCGGUGGCCGCGUCAGGAAACGCUAGCGUUACUGAAAAUACGAUCUGACAUGGAUAUCGCGUUCCGAGACGCUAGCGUUAAAGGCCCCUUAUGGGGUGAGGUUUCCAGGAAAAUGGCGGAACUUGGAUACAACAGAAGCGCCAAGAAAUGCAAAGAAAAGUUCGAGAAUGUAUACAAAUACCACAAACGUACCAAAGAAGGUCGUAAUGGAAAAUCCGAAGGCAAAACUUAUCGCUUCUUCGAUCAGUUACAAGCCCUCGAGAGUCAAUCGCACCACCUCCACCAACAGGAAACGCAAACGCAGAUGCCGCCGCGGCCCCAUAAUCACAUCAACCACUCGUUGUUAUUCUCGGAAACGCAGUCACAACCGACCGCAAACGCCGACAAUACUCCUCCAGGCAUAGCGGUGACGACUGUUACAUCGACAAUGCCGACACCGAACAUCACCCCUCCGUUGACUCAGCCUGUUUCAGCGUCGACGUUUCCGAGCAUUUCCGGCGAUUUUCUGUCGGAUUGGACGUCGUCACCGUCGUCAUCAUCGUCCACGUCUUCUGACGUGGAGAUCGGUGGAGGUACGAGGAAGAAGAGGAAGAGGAAAUGGAAGGAGUUCUUUGAGGGUUUGAUGAAGCAAGUGGUGGAGAAGCAAGAGGAGCUUCAAUGUCGGUUCUUGGAGGCAGUGGAGAAGCGAGAGCACGAGAGAAUGGUAAGAGAAGAAGCUUGGACAAUGCAGGAGAUGGCCAGAAUCAACCGCGAAAGAGAGAUACUUGCUCAAGAACGAUCCAUGGCCGCAGCCAAGGACGCCGCCGUUAUGGCAUUCCUCCAGAAACUGUCAGAAAACCCUAACUUAUCUCAGUCCAAACAGUUUCCUUCGCCGCAAACGCAGACUCCACAGCAGCAGCAGCAGCCGCCGCCACAGCAACAGCCACAGCCUCAGCCACCGGUGGUGACGAAAACGGACAAUGGGGAACGGAAUUUGGUGGGUCCGAGCUCGUCGAGGUGGCCGAAGGUGGAGAUCGAGGCACUGAUAAAGCUGAGGACGAAUCUUGAUUCGAAGUACCAAGAAAACGGGCCAAAGGGUCCACUGUGGGAAGAAAUCUCGGCUGGUAUGAGAAGGCUAGGUUUCAACCGGAGCUCGAAGAGAUGCAAGGAGAAGUGGGAGAACAUCAACAAGUACUUCAAGAAAGUGAAGGAGAGCAACAAGAAACGCCCUGAAGAUUCCAAGACUUGCCCUUACUUUCACCAGCUCGACGCAUUGUACCGAGAGAAGAACGUGGCCUCAACGUCGUCCACGUCGACAUCCACCGGUCAUAUGAUGCCGGAAAACGCCGUCCCGUUGAUGGUUCAGCCGGAGCAGCAAUGGCCUCCUGCUCCGCCGCCACAGAGACAGGUGGAAGAUAAGGAUCAAGGCAAGAACUUUGGUCGGAACCCAGAUCAUCAUCAUGACGAAGGCGACGCCGACGGUAAUGAAGAUGAUGAAGAACAAGACGAGGAAGAAGAUGGAGGCGAGUUUGAGAUUGUCCCGAGCAAUAACAGUAAGGGACUGUAGAUGAGGACAAGUGGAUGAAAAGAGACAAAUGUGGUUGAAGGUGGUGACAUUUGUUCGGGUCGGGGUUAAAAAUAUUUCGGGUCAGUAAAAAAACAGACCCGGACAGUGAAAAAUUAAACUUUUGAAAGUUUUGAAACAUUACAAUGGAGGAGUUGGUAGCUUUCUCUCUCUCUCUCUUUUUUUGUUUAACUUCAAAUUUGGAGGUAUACUUAAGAUGUUAA